CAUGCGCAUUUCAAUUUAGCAGUCGGAAGGAACUGGAAGAUUAAGGGAAGCGACGUUUCACCAGGAAGGAGGCUUACGGAUUUCACUUCAAAAUGAUAACAUUUCUACCUAAACUAAUUUUGCUGGUAUUACUAGCUUUCCCGGCAACGAUUGUCAUGAAAGGGCCAUUGGUGGCAGCCCAGGAUGCUACUGAGGAUGAGGAGGCAGCUGAUGAAGAUGAUGUUGAUGUGAACACAGAGGAUGACGAGGCCGAAGUUGAAGAUGAUGAAAACACGGAAUUGAUAGAAGAAAAAGAAGAGGAAGAAGCCAUAGGAGGAGAAGUGAAUGCCUCCCCCAAUGCUGACACCACCAUCCUCUUUGUCAAGGGAGACGGUAGGGACUUCCCAGCCAAUGACAUUGUGAAGUUCCUGAUGGGCUUCACCAACAAAGGCAGUGACAACUUUGUGGUGGAGUCCCUGGAUGCAUCCUUCCGCUACCCACAGGACUUCCAGUUCUACAUCCAGAACUUCACAGCCCUGCAGCUGGGCAUAGUGGUGCCAGCCGGGCGCCAGGCCACCUUCGAGUACUCCUUCAUCCCCGCAGAGCCCAUGGGCGGGCGCCCCUUCGGCCUGGUCAUCAACCUCAACUACAAGGACAGCAACGGUAACAUGUUCCAGGAUGCUGUGUUCAACCAGACAGUGACCAUCACCGAGAGAGAGGACGGACUGGACGGAGAGACGAUCUUCAUGUAUGUGUUCCUGUCUGGUCUGGGCCUGCUGGUGGUGGUAGGCCUUCAUCAGCUGCUGGAGUCCAGAAAGAGGAGGAGGCCAGCUGCGAAGGUGGAGAUGGGAACGUCCAGCCACAACGACGUGGACAUGAGCUGGAUUCCCCAAGAGACCCUCAACCAGAUCAUGCAGAGUCGGCGAGACAAGGCCUCCCCCAAACGAUCUCCCCGCAAGCGGACACAGAAGCGCUCGGCUGGUUCGGACGAGUGAUCGGGCCCCUGCCCAGUUCUGUCAAUCGCGCUUGGCACCUGACACAGCCAUACCGCACCGCGCCAACCUUGCCAGCGGUGGAGGCAACAGCCUUCUCUCACCACGGAACCAAGUGCCGUCCUCUUCACAAGAGACUGGUUUCUACCACUAAACUAGACAAAACAUCACAACAAACGGUCCCAUUUGUUAAUUAUUCUCUCAAAAGAAGUGUUAUCACAGAGGUGUUGUGAUGAUGAAACAGUUAAUGAGUUUUGAGUGAGUUUUUGUGAAGAUGCAUGUCUUGAAGGAUAGGGAGGAUUGAGAUGAUGAUGAUGAUGGUGGAUGGGAGUGGUUGGUAUUAGAGCUGGGUAAAUGAUAGUGGGAGAUGAUACACUUCGGGGUUUUUGUUCUAGUUUUGUAUUUUGUUGCUACAUCCUUUUCAUAAUUUUUCUUCUGUGGAUAUCUUUUGAGGCAGAAUAGUGAUUGUUAAUUUUGGUGUCAUCGGAAAGCCAUGAUAACACACCCCUUUUAUUUGUUUAAUAUCAGCACAUUUGGGUUUCUGCCACGUUGUGUUCCUCUGCUUGGUGGCACAGAGGAGGCUUGGCUUCAUGUCUUGUUAUUGGUAGUGCACUGCAAUGUUCAACCAUCUUUGACAAUUCUGUGAACAUACUGAGGAUAUGGUCAACUGUCUUCAUUUUCCCUCAAUGUGCCUUUUUUUUAUUUUUUUUGGAAAUUUACAUUCUUCAUAUUCCCAAGAUCGAUUUACGUCAAGUACAAGUAUGAAUUCAGGAAUAUAUUUUUUUUUACUUUUGUAGGACCACAAUCUGGUGUACAGCACUGGUGUACAGUAUAUACUGGGGAAUACAUAUGAGAGUGAACUACAAAGAUAAUUUAUUCCUGGCUAAUGGGUUUUUAUAUUGCAUUUCUUGAUUUGUCUGGGAUUACUACUUGUGCAUUUUAGAGCCACAGUACAUUUACUACUGCACCACAGCCCAUUCAUAGUCAUUUAUGAGAGGGGCUUUGGGCUAACUGUUAGGCACUGACUCAGUUAGGCAAUGAAAUGGUCUCUGGACUGUCAAAUUUAUGGAAACAAACCAUUAUUAUUUACUGUUUAGUAUCCUUCUAUUGUUCGAGUCAUGACAUCUUUCACUGAGCUUUUUAAUGAGAAUGGGUGGAUCCCAAAUAGAUUUUUGUUCUCUGAUAUUGUCGCAAACUUGAACGAGUAUGAAAGUGAAGUGUUCAUUUUUGAGACUGGUACAUGUUGAUGUAGAAAACAAACAUUAAAGUGGAGAUGAGA